AACAAAGAAAGCAUAUUGAUCCUAACAUCAAAAAUACUACCCAGUUUUUAAGUUUACAAAGCAAUGGCUUAUUCUCAAAUCUUCUUAGCUUCUGUUCUUGUUGUUGCAUUUCUGGGCAUUGCUUUUGCCGAUGACCAGGUUGACGGCGUUAGCGUAAAUCCUGAUACCAAGGUACAAGGCACCAUCUUUUGCGUCAAGAACGAAAAAUGGAUUCCCUUGAAAGGAGCAAGAGCAGUGGUGAUAUGCGAACAGAUAGCAUUUAAGUCAACAGUGACGGAUGAAAAUGGUUACUACCUCGUCGUAUUGCCAUCUGAUCGUGUGAGCGAUGACUGCAAAGUGUUUCAACUCCAUGGCAAAUUCCGCAGACCCCGUUGUGCUUUCCCAACCAAUAUUAACAAUGGCACAACUGGUGCCUCUCUAGUUGAAUCCGAGCACGCCAACCUCUACUCUGUCGCACCUAUCGUCUACAAACCCCGUCCUUCCCUUACCUGAAUUCUUAAUUCAACUUUAUGUAUUGUGACAACUGACAAGGGCUCGUGUAGCUGCAUGCGGGCCUGUAACAGGAUUUCAGUUAGAAAUUCAUCGUGAUUUUGAACUUGUUCUUUCGAUUAUCCCUUUUUAAGGAGAUGAGAUAUUCAAUAAAUUUUUGUUUGCGUCUUUGGUGUGAGAA